ACAUCUAAUUAUGACUGGUGAAAAUUAAUUUUAAUUUGAAUACUUUCAAUAUUCUAGAUGCAAUAAUUUGUACGUUUCAAGUUAAUGAGUUCUAUCAAAUUUUCGAGUUUCGCCCUUGCUAACCAGAAUCAAUUAUUAAACUCCUAUAUUGCGUAUUACUAUGUAGUAAAAAUUUAAGUUAAUUUAAUUAAUUUUUAAUUGUGCUAUCUUAUUGAAAAAAGAUAGAAAAAAAGAAAGCAAAUUAGCAAUAUUUUAAUUAUGCGUAUUAAUUAAUUGUGAGAUUGUCCGUUUUUUAUUCUAUUUAUAUGAAGAAGUGGCCUUAGUAUUAUGCGGAAAAUAAUCGUUGUUCACUUGUAUUAAGCUUUACUCUACAACCAUAAAAUUUCGAAACUUUUGUGUAACGUCACAUUUUUUAGUAAAAAUCUCUAAAGCUUCUAUAUAAAUUUUCACAUUUACCAUUUUUAUUCAUUUGAAUCACAUUUAUUUCCUUCAAUGUACUAAUUUUCUUAUUAAUUAUCCAAACAAAAAAAAAUAUGGACGCCCUUUUUGCUAAAGGAAAGGAAUUUCUCAGUUCCAAAAAUGAUGACAAAGAAACUUCCAAUCGUCGUGAAAGAACAAAACAUGAUGAUGACGUGGAUAAUUCCGAUGACCGCCUUGAGAGGAAACCUUCCGACAGGUCCGACGAUGAAAAUGAUGGAGGGAGGCCCGACGGCACCGGACGAGGUGGCGGCAAGACAGGCGGGGACGGAAGUGGUGGCCGUAAAAUGGCGGCAAGCGGUGGUGCCGGCCGCGGUGCUCAUGAUCCAAAUGAGCACAAACAACCAACAACCUCUGAGCUAAUGGCUAGCGCGAAGCUGGUGGCUGCAGCUGCGCAAUCCCAAUUAGGUGGCGGUGUCGAGGGCAAACCAAAAGAAGAGUUGGACACCGGAAAGCUUGCCGGAGCCGCCGCCGAUCUUCUUUCCGCCGCUUCACAUUACGGGAAACUUGGUGAUGAAGGAAUUGGUAAGUAUAUCGGACAAGCUGAGGAUUAUCUCCACGGCUACGAGCUUAAUAAUUCGAAACCCAACAAAGCUGCUGGUGAUAUCGGUACUGGUACCACUACCGGACCCAAAAAAAGUACUUCUAGUACAUCACCCAAGAACUCAUCGGAGCUCCGUCCAAGGGGCAAUGUCAAAGAAGAUGAUGAUAAUAAUGAUAAUGAUGAGCACGGAGAGACUAUGAGGAAAGAAAAGAAGAUGAUGCCGUCAAAGAAACAAUCCAGUGACAAUUACGACCAUGAUCGUGAUGAAGGUGAUGAUGAUCGUGCUAGAGGACGCGACGAUCAUGAACGUUUUGAGGAAAGUGAUGAUUAUCACAGAGGUGGACACGAUGAAAUUGAAGGAAUGCGCAGGAAAAAAUCUGACAGUCAUAGCCACGAACAUGCAGAUGAAGACGAUGGUCGUUCUGGAGGUGGAUAUGGUGAUUACAUCAAAAAAGCUCAAGGAAUAUUCAAGGAAAAAGACAAUGAUGAUCCAGAGAAAGAUGAUGGUAAAUCCGGUGAAGGGUAUGACGAUUAUAUAAAAAAAGCUCAAUGUAUGUUCAAGAAAGAUUCUGGCGAUUCUGCUAAGGACGAUGAGAACAAAACAGAUUAUCUUAAAAUGGCUGGAAGUUUCUUCAAGUAAUUAAUAAUAAUUAAGAAGUGUGAAAUUAUACUAAGUAUUAAGUAUGUUAUUAUUGUUGUUGUAAUAAUAAGAACAAAGAAGCAUAGACUAAUUGUAACAUAGAAUAUCAUCAUCUGUUGAUCAAUUCUUUUGUUAAUUUGAUUUCUUUCCUAAAGUUUUAUUUAGAAUUUUUAGCUAUAGUUUUAUUUGAAUUGUAAUAAUGGAAACAAGUACAG